AUGUCGCUCGCCAUCCUCCUGAGCUUGCUCUCGCUGCUCCAUGGAGCACGCGCCGCCUUCACGGAACAGCUACAACUACGCCCGCUUCCUGCCCUCAACCAGGUCCUGGGUCACUUUGAGUUCUCCGUUGACGAACCCUCCCGUACCGACGCCGAGUCGCUUUUUCCCAAUGCAUUGCGUCAGAUCCUCGACAAACAGGACGCCGAAUCGCUACAUUUGACUUUCUCUGUCGGGAGGUACGCGGACUGGCGCUACGGGUCAGCCCAGAGCUUGAACAGCUCCGGAUUUGCCCACGCACCUUUCGGUACUCGACUACAGGUGGCACUACGUGGCGACGCCAACAUCCAGCAACGCUGGCGAGGCAUCACAUCGGAGCUGGGUGGCAUCUUCUCAGCGUCGCUGAAUCAAAUGGACGAAGCUGUCGUCACGGGCUUGUUGCCAGGAUCCAUUCCUCUAGAGUUGGGUGCCUUCCCGAAGACCAACACCGAUCCUACCCUUGUUUUCCUCCACGGAUCGCUGGCGCGAGAGGAGCUGUGCACAGAGAACUUGACCCCUUGGCUCAAGAUGCUGCCGUGUCGAGCGAUUACUGGGCUGGGGAGUCUUAUUGACCCUAUCAAUGCAGUGUCAGGGGAGUAUCUCUCGCUCUCUCUUUAUGCUGAGAGAUCAAGUGCAGGUAACUGGAGACUCCGACAACAUUUGACUACCGUGCAAAGUCCUACCAAACGCAACAAAGCGCAGUGGAGUCUCGGUUCGCUCUUCUUUGCGAGCGACCAUCCCAAUACAGAUUUAACUGCGUGUCCGCUGGCUAACAAGAGCGUUAUUCGCACUGAAGGCAUGGAGUCGUCCGACGUGGUAACCACCGAUCUCCAUGGAAAGCCCAUAUCGCUCUCUGAUGCGUGGUUCGAAGACUGGAAACUGGCAGCACAAGAAGCUGCUUUGAAAGCCAACUACAGAACACAGCAGGAUGUGGUGUCUGCACAUCGGUUCGUCACUGGAUAUGGCCAGGUAGGCGGCGGCAUCGCAGUGCAGCUCAAGAAUAAUCACCCAUCGUGUGGUAUGCAUGUGACUUAUCACGACGUCAUUCCUUGGUAUCUACGUAUCUUCUUCCACACGUUCCGAGCAAGCACCGAUGGCAGCGAAGAGAAGGCUCAGAAGCUUAUUCAAACCUUUGAUUUUGUACCUGCUGAGCUACGUGGACGUCCCAACCAAUUACGCCUCGAGGCUUACCUUCCGGCUAACACAACAUUAGUAUUCUCACUUCAGAUGGAGAAAACGUUUCUACGCUUGUCAGAACACCCUCCUGAUGCCAAUCGUGGCUUUGAUAUCGCCUCAGGUGUGGCCACCUUUGACGUACCGGAUGAUAAUACCUCGUCUUGUGACAAGGAAGCCAAGUCUUCGUUUACCACUACGUUGUUCACUGAGCCUCUGCUCGUACCGCUACCAACACCUGACUUCAGUAUGCCGUACAACGUCAUUACCAUGACCUCGACAGUCGUCGCCUUCUUCGUGGGUACAAUGCUCAAUACUCUUCUACGCAAAGCUCCUCGCUUUAAGCAAAUGAUGGCAAGUAACCCGAACGCAGCCAAGUGA